UCUCCGCGCUACGCGUCAGUUGGCCGACAUGAGCCGCGCGUGCUGGGGCUCCCGGUGUUUAUCCGCUCUUAACGGCUAAUCCCGAAGCGUACCCUCGUAUAUCGGGACGCGCGCGUGCACGUACCCGCUCGUGAAACGUACACGAGGGGCGAAAACGACGUUUCUCACAGUUCGUACCUGCGGGGAGAUUUUUUUCACGUACGGACCUCUUCUCCAGCUACGAUUUUUAACGGCGUGAAUAGCUUCCUCGUGACGGGAAGAUCUGUGUUCUUUGUCGCGCGUUUUGCCAGGAUCACGAUUACGAAGGGAUCGCGAGCGAGAUCGAUGUGAAAUAGUUUACCCCCCGAAUUGGCAAACGAAUAUCGAUAAUUCGUGGUCCGGGAGUGAGGAAUGACGUUACGACGUACGGUGUAACGAACUUACGACGAUGAUAACGCCAGUGUCAGUGCAGUGGGGUUAAAGUGCCAGCCGGUUUAUGGAUAACCACGCUUCACUGAUUGGCUGCACGAGUGCGGGCUCGUAGCAAGCCGACGAGUGACCAGUGUUGUGUCGAGUGGCACCGAGUGACGGUAUUUAAGUGUGAUUCGCGAUCGUUCCUUUGCACGAGAGAUGAACGAAUGAUCGGACCGCGGUGAUCCCUGAUACGCGAUGAGGCCGAAAUCUUGCUCGCUGUUUCUCUUGUUCUGCGUUCUUCUACCCGGAGUGGUUCGUCCCUUCACGUCCGGCGAAGAAGGUGAAGAUGCCGCAGAGGAGGAGGACGCGUAUCUGGAAGAAGAUGAUGUGCCUUCGGCUACGAUAGCCAGCGAUACCGAGUUGAUUUCCGAAGGUGGCGGUCAUCUACCAGUUUUUCUCACGGAACCCGUAAACUCUUUUGUCGUGAAGAACAAACCCGCAACUCUGCAUUGUAAAGCCGCUCACGCGCUACAGAUUUAUUUCCGUUGUAACAACGUGAGGGCGGAGGAGUCUCAGCAGCAGGAUUUCGUAGAUCCCCAUACGGGAACAAGGAUCGUCGACUGCGAACUCAAUGUCACGAGAGAUCAUAUCGAGGAGUACUUUAGCAAGGAUAAAUUCAAAUGCGAAUGCAUCGCUUGGUCUGGAUCAGGGCAGAUUAAGAGUCAACCGGCAAUUAUCGAUGUUGCUUACUUGAAGAAACAGUUCGAAUCGCCACCGUACUCUGUAUCGGUCGAAGCAGGUCAAAGCACCGAACUCAGAUGUUUGCCUCCAGUAGGAGUGCCACCACCUAGAGUUUACUGGUUAAGAAAUAAUGUCCCCGUGGACACUGAGUCGGAUACACUUCUCGUGUCCAGCGAGGGCCAUCUACUUAUUGGUCAAGCGAAACUUAGUCAUCAGGCCAAUUACACGUGCGUCGCUGAAAAUAUUGCCGCGAAACGACUAAGCGAUCCAGUUAGCUUAACAGUAUACGUUAACGGUGGCUGGUCUUCCUGGUCGUCUUGGUCGGAAUGCCACUCGCGAUGCGCGAAAGGCGGUCAGAAGAGGACGAGAACGUGCACGAAUCCAGCGCCCAUGAACGGCGGCCAGUCGUGCCUCGGCCCGGCUCAGCAAAAGAUGGACUGCAACACAGCUUGCCCCGCCGGCCCUUUGGAGGAAUUCACUAACACCCUGGUUGUGGACGGCGGAUGGUCCAGAUGGUCGACAUGGUCGGUGUGUGGGAGCGAUUGCACUCACACGAGGAGGAGAUCGUGCGACGAGCCGCCACCCAGCCACGGCGGGCGAUCUUGCCAGGGCAGGGACAUCAAUGUGGCGAAUUGCACCGGCGGCAUGUGCAACGUCAACGGCAAUGUGAAGGUGGGCGGCGCUCAUUUCACCGAGGAAGCGAAUCGCCAGAUGGAUGUAGCCUUGUAUGUCGGUCUAACGGUCGCCUGUGUAGUAAUUGGUGGCUUGGCGAUUUUUCUGACGAGACUCCUGCGACGCAAAGGUCGCGAUCAUUCCUUGUACUCCAUGGCUCGUAAUGAAUUCCAGCCGGAGUUCUUCCCGGACCAGGACAAGAAGCUGAGCCUGCAACCGGACGUGACGGCGACCAGCGUGCCGGCCUGCUACGAGUAUCCUUUCGAUCCGAAACUGUCGAUGUCGAGAUCCCUCUCGGAACAUCACUACGAUGUGCCGCACUUGUCGAUCGCGCCGCAACCGUCGCCGAUGUCACCCACGCCGAGCACGUCGACUCAAGAGUCCUGCAGCGACAAGCAGAUUCAUUCCGAUAGCGAGAACAGCGUCACGAGCUCCUACCCCUCCUCGGACUCGACGUACAACGUCGCCUCGGAGAGCGUCCGGCUGCCAAAAUUGGAGGCCGGAAACGUCGCCAGGGCGGCGGUAAACACGCGCGGCGCCCUGCUGGUGCUUCCGGACUCUGGAAUCUCCAUGUCGGUGCCGGAGGGUGCUGUUCCCAAGCCGCUCCGGGCGGAACUUUAUCUGGCGGUGCUUAACGAGGAUCGUUACAGGCCCCGAUUACCCGAUGGGAUAACCCAGUUAUCGGCCGUGGUGACCUGCGGCCCGUCGUCGGCGACCUUCAACAAACCUGUGAUUCUUCAAUUCGAGCAUUGCGCCGUGUUGCAUCCGGCAACCUGGGAAUUAAGCGUUUGGGCUUGCGACGGUGUUAACGUCGACGACGGUUCCUCGUCGAUAGUAUCGAAAGAUCACCAGUCAAUUACAUGGAGCAGAGUGUUAACUCUAGGCAACGAGACUAUCAAUACACCGUUGUUCACGCAGUUAGAUCGCUCGGAGGCUUUCAUUGUGACCGAGCAGCUUCGCAGUUACGUUUUAGCCGGUCAGAGUUGCGAAAGUUCGAUCGCCACAAAGCGAUUGCGAUUAGCGCUCUUCGCCAGCCAGGCCGGUCAGUGUUGUGUCAGAGUUUACGCCGUGGAGGAUACGAGGGCGGCCAUGAAAGCCAUCGUCGAUCGGGAGUCGCAGAUCAGAGGCUAUCUGCUGGACAAGCCGCGCACGUUGCUGUUCCAAGACAACGGGGAAUCGCUCUGCGUCAGUCUCGAAGAAGUCGGCAACGAGUGGCAAAGCAAGUCGCCCACGGAACGCCAGGAAGUCUCGUUCCGGGAUGUUUGGAACUGUCAAGAGAACGCCAAGCACGUGACCUUCGGCCUGGAUACGGCUUUUGACCCGACCAUCACGAGGAGCUACAAGCUGCAAGUCUCGCAAGGAAACUCUGAGAGACAAGUCUUCAGAAUCGUUUACGACGGAGCAAAACAGUUGAUCUCCUCGGGUAGCGUCACGAGACCACUCAGGGAAGUCACCGUGGUUAGCAGCGGACACGCUAACAACGCCACGACAGACCCUACCACGCUACGACCUUUUCGGUUUACGAGAUCCUUGAGGAAGCAGCUCUGCCAAUGUUUAGACCCGCCGAACGCUCUGGGUAAUGAUUGGAGAAUGCUCGCGCAAAGGCUUCAAGUCGACAGGUACAUCAAUUACUUCGCGACUAAGGCCAGCCCGACCGAGCAUAUUCUCGAUUUGUGGGAGGCAAGGCACCGGGAACCGACAGCGGUGACGGAUCUGCUGAACCAUCUUAGAAUAAUGGGCAGAACCGACGCCGCCACGAUUCUGGAGGCGCAGCUCGGCCCGUGGCUCUGAAUAAACAGAAAACCGGAUCUCGAGAAGCGUUUCCAGCGGUGAGUGAAAGUCGAGACCAUUGUACGCCCACCCAGAACGGGCAACCAGUGUAUUGAUGGGUGAUCGAACGGCGACCGAUGAACUCGAAAUCGAUCAGUGAAUACAGUGAGCCGGAUUGCCUAAUGAAUGAAUACGCGAGAGAGGAAGGAGUGAGAAGCAAGGAGGCAGGAGAACUAGGUUCUUCGAAACGGACUCAUCGAAACACUGCCUUAAUUAUGCGCGACACACGCGUCAGUACUUUGUAUAUAAACGUGCGAUAGUGGCAAGUCCUUUGGAAUUUCCUCUUGAGAGGGGAUCCCACGGACAAGUUGAGGACCGAGAAAUAUUUGUAUCCGUGAGUUCAAGAGCGAUAUAAUACGCGUAAAAAAAAACCGUAUACAGGGUGUAUCUGAAAUGAUGCAAAAUUCUGAAAUGAGCUAAAAUUCGAAAAUGUGUGAAAUUGACCAAACACCCGCAACGCAAAUUUAUUUAUCUCUCAAAAGAGAGUGAUAGAUAACGUCAAAACCUUUUUUUCUGAAAUACAGCCAAUUUUUAAUUUUUUCCCCAAACUUUAGAAGCCUCUAGCUCGGAGGGAGGGUUCAUUUGCGGACCCAUGUUCGUAGGAAAAAAAGUCUUAUAUUAUUUUAAUCUCUAGAAUACGCUCCUAAAGUUUAGUGCAUCAUUUCAGAUACACCCUGUAUAAUUGUGACGAAAUAAUUAGGGACUGUGCAUUUAGACGGACAUACAUGUACAUACAUACACUAAAAACACGCGCGCAGAUGAAUAUAUCCAUUUUAGAUGGAUGUUUCUAUAUAAAUACAUGUUAUAUAUAGAUAUAUAUAUAUAUAUAUAUAUAUACAGGACACCAAGUAAAGUUCGAGCGGAUCGACAAUAUCCGCGACACUUCGACGCGAUGACGCAAUUAUUAUCGAUUUGUUAACACGCAUGCACGCGAGCACGAGCGAGUGGUUAUUAUUUUUCUGAAAAUCGUGCCAAAAUUACUUCGGUUUCGUACGCGUACAUUUCCGUUUAUUGUUGCAUUAGAAUUUCGUGAAUAUGCCGUAUGUCCCUUUUAUGCGUGUCGACAAUACAGAGAUCGCGGUGAACACGAGAGGAUAUGAUGCGUGUCGCUUUAAAUGCGUUGCGCACAGAGUCCGAGCAACGCGAUCGCAUAAAACAAGCUAAUUAUAACAGACAUGAUUUAAAUCAACGAUUUAUUUGAGAGAUUGUAUAUUUGUUACUUUCGACGAAUAAAAUAUUCUUGUAUA